UUAUGAGUAUUUCGGAUAUGUCAGAAGAGUCGGAUUUGUCGUAUCCCGACGAGGAGGAUUCAGGACCUAAUAUAGGUCUCUAUGUAGGCGGACGUAAUGCCGCUGGACAACGUCAUGGUCGCGGUUGGGCAAUUUUACCCAAUGGUGAUCAAUAUGAUGGAAAUUAUCGCAAGGGACGACGUCAUGGCAUUGGUCUUUAUGUAUUUAAGAAUGGCUCACGCUACUAUGGACAGUAUCGUUGUGGCAAACGAUGUGGGCGUGGCAUAUUCAUCUAUCCCGAUGGUUCUGUUUACGAGGGAAAUUGGCGCAAGCAUAUGAAACAUGGCAAGGGACGCUAUAAUUAUGUGAAUGGCGAUUGUUAUUCGGGCGAUUGGUUCAAGGGUCAACGUCAUGGUGUGGGCAUCUAUAGCUUCAAUACCAACAAGGAUAACUGCUGUCUGUCCGUACGACUGAAAUCAACAUGGAAUAGCAACACACGAAUGGGUCCAUUCGAACUUUACAUUGGCAACGAUGAUAAGUGCACCAUUCUGCAUGGCAUCUGGGACACUCAGUAUCCCUCUGGACCAGCCGUAUUCAGUUUCAAUAAUCGUUAUCUACUUUUGGGCUAUUUCCUGCCCAAUAAUUUCAGUUUGAAGGCCACAGCUUCGAAUGAAAAUAUGCAAGGUGAAGAUGAAAUGGGCCAAAUGGAGGAUGAAGAGGGCAAUCCAAUGCCAAUGGAACCAACACAUUGGUUUGCCCAAGAGAUUGCCGUCUAUGAUUAUGCACUAUUGCCGCAGGAGCCAGUGCCCUUGCCCAUUUCCGAUUCAGAGCUUUCCGUCUGCUCGCUGUCCACUAUGCCCAGCAUGCUCAGCGAGGAGAAGAUCAGCUACUUCGAUGAGGGAGAGGAGGGCGAGGGCGAGGGAGAAUUGGAGUGCCAUCCUUGUGAGUGUGAGACUGAUAUUAGCGAGGUUGAGACCGAUAGUGAGCCAUGCAAAAUCGAUGCCAGUCCCUGUGCCAUCGAGGUGCUCAAUCAGAAAUGUCCCAAUGUUUGAGGUAAUCUUGAAGUUGAAACUUGUGUUAUAAAUAAAUUUUUUGGGAUAAUAUCAUAUGA